AGUGAGACGGGGCAGAAAUGCUCAGAUUCUCACGGGGAGAAACGAACUGAACGUGGGAGUUUGUGCCUUAAAGUCUCUCUGUCUCUCUGCAACAGUUUGUUUUUGUCUCUGUGAAGCGUUGAGGAAUUUGAGAUCAUGGUGAUCAAAGUUUACAUCGCAUCAUCCUCUGGGUCAACAUCGAUCAAGAAACAGCAGCAGGACGUAAUGGGUUUCCUGGCAGCCAAUAAGAUUCAGUUUGAGGAAUGUGAUAUCGCAGCUAAUGAGGACAACAGGAAAUGGAUGCGGGAGAAUGUUCCGGAGGAUUCUCGGCCGGCCACAGGCAACCCUUUACCUCCUCAGAUCUUCAAUGAAGCAAGAUAUUGUGGGAACUACGAGGCAUUCUUCUACGCCCGUGAAGACAAUGCUGUGUAUGCGUUCCUCGGCUUGACUGCGCCCCCAGGCUCAAAGGAGGCAGAGGCUUUAUCCAAGAGAGAGCAGCAGUAGUGUGAAGAUCCCCAUCCCAGCACAUGCCCGCUGGACUCCUGCACUUUCUCAUUUCCUUUCUGUUGUUGGUUCAGUUUUCUUUUUAAACUUAAAUUGAAUUAUUUGUGAUGCACACUCAAUCCAAUCCACAGCCCAUCUCAAUCACUUUUACAAGGCUUGAAAUUAAAGCAGUUCUCCAGACUUGCACAAAGACUAGUCUGACAGCUUUUCAUUUACGGUUAAGAUUUAUACAGUCAUUAAUUACUUAAUCGUUUAAACAUGCAUCUUAUUAGAAGUUUAUACUUGAAUAUCAGUGUGUAUUUACGUGGUUCAAGCAACAUUCAAUCAAUGCCCAUUUCUGUGAAAUAUACUACUCACAGUACAAAACAUUGACAAGUCCCUUAAUAUAGCCCAUACAAUUAUAAACAGAAAUGCAUUUUAUACUUUAUGCAUUUUGGAAUGUUUUAAUGCUUUUAUGCAAACAUUUUGUUCUCUUACCUGUGCAAGCUUAUAUACUAAAGCAUUUGUGUGUGUGUAUUUCAUACAGUUCUGUUCUGGUUCUCUUUUCAUUUUUAAUGUCUUCAUAGUGUAUUUUAUUUUUUUUCUAAGAGCAAAUUACUAUAAAUAAAUAAAACCAG